GCGUCGAACGGGCCUCAUCGCGUGCGUUACAAGUGGCCACCAUCGUCGGUCGGAACACACGGAAUUGGCCGGCACAUUUUGUUUGUGUUUUUUUUGGUCGUGCGCUGGAAGGAUAAUAACAGGUGCUCUGCUCGUUUCACCACGUGCGCGCACCUAUUUCGUGAAUCGUGUGAUAUUCGACGCGUGUGAAAACGAGUGUUUUGGUGUCACAUUGCAAGGAGAGGUGGGGAAAAAACGUUGUGAAUUUGCUUUUCACAGACUGUUUGAUGGUCGUGUUAUUAUAAAAAAGUGGCACUCGAAAAAAAGUGGACAAAUGUUGACGUUGGUUUAUGAGCUGGUGUUGGCUUAAUUUAUGAUGUGCAACUGGAUUCUGUGGUACUAGGUUAUUAAAUAAUCUCGAAUGGGCCGAUAAAACCCGUUGCCGCUGCCGACGCGUCUGGAUCAAAGUGAAGCUAAUAAAUUUAAUAAUCCGACAAAGUGAGUUUCAUUGCCUGCAAGUAGCAUCAAGCAAGCAAGACGCGAAGAAGAAAGUGAGUGGCAGUGGAUUAGUGUUGUAAUUGCUGGAAAUUAGCCACGUGGCCGCGGCACGGCCUUCGUCGGAGAGAAUGUGGAGCAGCAGUACCUGCCGGAUCGGGCUGCAGUCGCUGGUGCUGGCGGCACUUUUUGUGGCCGACGGUGCCCACGGCGGGUCCUGCCGGGAGGCCUCACUGUGCUGCAGUGGUCGCGAUUCGGCCUGUGUGGUGCAAAAAGUGCCGCCGUCCGGUGCAAUAACGACGGAUUUAAACGUUAAGCCGUGCUACUGCGACCACGCUUGUCUGAAGCUGCGAGAUUGCUGUCCCGACUUUAAGUCGUACUGCGGAGUGAUCGACUGCAUCGUCAGCGAGUGGAGCCCGUGGUCCAAGUGUGACUCGACCUGCGGUCCCGGAAUGGCCUCGCGCAACAGGACGAUCCGGCAGCGACCGCAAAACGGUGGCAAACACUGUCCUUCGCUCGUGCAGAAGCGUGCCUGCCCCGGGACCGACCGGGACUGCCGACACGGCCGGAGGUUGCUUCCUCAGCUUCAGGAGACGGCUCUGCUUCUGCCAGUGAUGCCAGCUCCGUCCCGGCAGAUCAACGCCGAGACGAAUGACAUCGGAUCCAGCGUGGGACACCGAGAAGAACUGUGGAAGGACACUUUUCAUCAUAAACGAGAGAGCACCAAAGGGUACUGCGUGGCGUUCGAGGUAAUGAAAGUGACCAAGCAGUGCCACAAAGAGCCCAACUAUCAUGCCCUGGCCGAGGGGGACCGCGUGGUCGUCCGGUGCGAUUUGGUGGAACCAACGUCACCACUGAACGCCACCUCCAGCAGCGCCAGUGCCAGUGACGAUGAUGAACCUUCUUCCACAUCCACCAUGAACAACUCUAUUUCGUCGGAUGAGUCCUCUGACGGAGAUGACGAUGAAGGUGCUGACGACGUUGGCGAUGACGAUGGUGAGGCUGAUUACAAUGAAAGCAGCAGCAACAGCAACAGCAGAACCGGCAGUAAUAAAGUUGAACAACGACCGCCGAAUCGGUGCCUCGGGGAGGGUCUCACCGGUCGGAACACCCGGUUCGCAUCGCUGGCCAUUCCGGCCUGCCACGGCAAGUGGUUACGACUGACGGUUGGAGUGCCGAAAAAGUGCACCCCGGGUGAGGCGCAGUUUAUCUUCGUCUAAAACACAAAACCCGGGACCGACGACCGAUGAUACCUCCUCGAGGGUAGAUGGGAGGGGGUGGACAGGAACAACCCAUUUUGAGACAGAAGAGCAGCAGUAGAGACACGACACUCAGUGCCUGGGUCCUCGUGUGGGAGGGAGGAGGGAUUGGGCCAGCCAGCCAGCAGAAAACCGGCCUGGCAUCAUCGGUGAUACUAACUUUGUAGGACCAAACCACACCAAAAACUCACAAACAGAAAACAGACCAUUUCGAACGAAAACGGGGGUAGUAUUCGGCCAAGUACACUCAGUUGUUUUGCUGCUAAAAAUAAGCUUUUAUUAAAAUAAUCUUAGACACAUUUUUGGCAAACAACUUUCGAUUUAAAAGUUUGGAAGUCACUAAGCAGCAUAGCAAACAUUUUUAAACUUUUGAAAUUUUACGGAUUUUGUCUUUCUUACUGAGAGAUGCUAUGAAAUCACUCGAAAAAAAAAUUAGAGUGAAUUUCUUAUCUUCAACAAAGAAAUUGAGCAGUUGCAAAUAUUUUCCAAAGUUGAUAUCACUUUUUUUCUGGUGUAGGUUAGUAAGAAAUGAACAAGAUCAAUAAUUGAAAUUUUGAUGAUUUUAUUCAAAGAUUAUGGCAAAUUCAGGUUCUAUAAUCAAAAUUCAUAAAUUAAUAAUUUUGUUUUUUUAUUGUUACUUUGUACAAAUUACCCAAAGAAGUAAAAAAAAUCAAAUUUUGAAAUGAAAAUGCAUUUUUUUGAUAAGAAAAAAAAAACGCAGAUUCGACAAGAAAAAUAAGUUCAUUAUUUUUUUAACUGAGAGCCGAAUUCAUCAUCGAAUCAAAUUUACAUUAAAGUAAAUUUUCCACCAGAUUUAAGUAAUUUUUCUGAUUUGCGGUUGCUGCAACCAAAGGUCGGAAAGUUUUCUCAGUUUCCCGUAUAUAUAUAUUUUUUGCAAUGAUUGACAAGGAUGGACACAUUUUUUAUAUAUUAAAUAAAGAAAAUUUGUUGAAUGAUUCAACCUAAAAAUGGCUCAAAUAACUCAAACACGGUGCACUUAAUCAACAUUUUGUAAAAGGAAUUUAAUUGAGCAAACAAAAAGAUUUUGUGCAUUUUUGAUACUUAAAAAACACAAUUUUUCCUAAAAAUCACAGCAUUGACUAUAACAAAACGGCAAAAAAUGUGUGAAUUUUAAGGUGUAAAACUGGAAGGUUUAUAAUUAACUCUUUUAUAUUGUAAUAUUAUCUCAGCUUAGACUGAAAAAGUGGCAUUACUAAGAAAUAUUGAUAAAUUUACACAUUUUUGAAGACAAAAUAUAUUUUUGUACUCAUUUCCAGAUGUAAAUUUACCAUGAAUUUAUUAUACUAUGUGUAGCUCAAAGUUGGCACUUUUUGUCUACAAAAAAACAUCCCUCAAAUUUGAAGACUUGUACAGUAUGGCCCAUAAAAAAAUGCGACAUGUGCAUUUUUUCACAGAAAAAAUGGUGCCAUUCUUAAAUUUAUUUAACAAUCUGAUUUUUUAUGUAUUAUGGUGUUAGUUUAGUAUGUUUUGAAGAUAUCGUCAUGAUAUUUUUUUGCAGUUCACCAAAACUGUGUACAGGCGGUCUACAAUUAUGAAUGUGUUUUUGGAACAAUAUUUACCCUAAGUAAAUAAUUUAUAUUUCAAAAACGAAACAGUUUAAAAUAUUCAACAAUGUACCGAAAGCAUCAUUAGAAGUCCUUCUUAAAUACGCCCAAUCAAGAAAGUUUUUUAAUUUUGUUAAAAUUGGUAAUUUGUGUGAAAAAUGCCAUUUUGGUUAUUAUUUUGUGGGAUUCUGUCAAAAUAAAUCACCGUUGUCGAUGGCUCAAAAGCGUGCCUAGCGGCUCUAUAUUGUUAAAAGUCACAUCAGAGCAUCUGUUAGUAUCAAUUACCAUCAUUAGUAGGGUUAGUGAAAUUUCACGAUUUCGCGGACAGCGUGAAGUCCGCGAAAUUUGGCUUUUUCCGCGAAAUCCCGUGAAAUUUUAUGUUUGUGGGGAUUUGUAACGAUAUUUCUUAAAAUAAUUUAUCAGACUCAAAUAGGAAUGAAAAUAAUCUUAUGAAUUUUUGUAGGAUUAAGCAAAUGAAUACCCUGGUUCAAUUACUAAUACAGGGUUAGUGAUUUUUGACGAUUUCGUUGACGGCGAGAAAGACCCAUAAAGAUCCAUAAAGACUGUUUAAGUAAAUUUUAUUAGUUUUCAAUUGAAAAGCAUGAUAUGUACCAUUUGAAGAAUUGUUCAGUUUCUUUUAAAAACUAACUAAAUAUAUAUUAUUAUCUUCGUUCGCUGCAAUAAAAACUUUACUGCUAUUUUAUUUGAAACAAAAAAAAUAAAAUAAAAAUAAAGAGUAUUUCUUUAAAACUGUUAAAAACAUUUCAGAUUCUUUCUGAGUCCUAACGAUAUUUGCUUAUUUGGGUGGAUGAUUCCCGUGAAAGUUAGAAAAUACUACUUUUCAUGUUUUCUGUUCUCAUUUUCAAUAAUAAUGUUGAAUUUGGUACAGAUUACAUUAUUUUUGCCUUUUGAUUUUAAAUUUAGUUUUUGAUAAGUGAGAUGAAAACCUUAACAAAUAUUUUUUAUGUGCUUAACUGCCGUUCUACGCAUAAUUGUCCCAUGUCAUUUUUGGACGAUUCUAACUUUUUAUCAUUUUUAAGCUUAAUUUUGCGUAUAUUUUCAGAAAAACACAUAAAAUCUAAUACUUUGUUCAGAAAAUCAUUGAAAACAACACCAAGUCUGUUUGUCCCAUCGUUGAACUUCUACGCAUAAGUGUCCCACCAAGUAUUUUCUAUCACGAAAUCAUGAGUUUUAAGAAGCAUUUCAUCUUGUGUAACUGUUUAGCUGUAAGAGGAUUACAAAUAAGGGUGAUAAAAUGUUAACCGGGGUGAUUAGGAACAUACAGGGCGAAUAGGGACCCACGGGACAAUUAUGCGUAGAAACACAGAAAUCGAUCGAAAAAUUUCAAUCGCGUUUUUCUCAGUUGCCCUUUUUUGAACAUGGGAAAAUUAUGCGUAGAACGACAGUAAAUGUCGCAGAAAAUUCAAAUUAUUUUACUCUUUUUGGCUGGACAAGCAGUGAAGCAGUUCUGUAAAUGAGAAUACGCAUGUCCUACAUUUUGUUUCAAAAAAUAUAUAGAGUUCAUUCAUAAAACAGGUUGAAACUUUUUUGAAAAUUUGAAGGAUUUUUUUGUAACGUUCAAAUUUAGUUUAGAUUUUUUAGUUUAUCGAAGAAUAACAUAUAAUUGCGCAUAAAAAGUAGUUUUCAUGUUUUAAACAUAAAAUUUUCAGAGUUGUUUUAACUUUUUUCACGUUCCGCGAAAUUUGCGUGAAAUUCGGUGUUUUGAAAUUGAGGUCCCCGUGAAAUUUGCAAUUUUCGAGCGUGAAAAAUCACUAAGCCUAAUCAUUAGUAGCAUUUGUUUUUUUCGCUGAAACAUUGCAGGCUCCAAAAAAUACCAAAAAUUGAUGCAUUUUCAGAAUCGGGAUAUUUUUGAAAAGUUCACUAUUUUACUAUAACUGGUAAAUAGAAUGCGUAAAAUUCGGUGGAACUAACUCUUACAACUCUCAAAAACAGUAACCUUGAAGGCUGUAUACUUUUUAGUCCAUAAAAAUACCAUAAUAGGCUAUCCAGAAAAAAGUAUGUGUUUUCUUUAUAUGGCCUGGGCGUAGAGCAAAUUGGAAAAUUAUAAAUUUCAAUGAGCUGUAACUUAUUUUAUGCUAAGGGAAUGGUUUUAAAGGCAUUGAUUGUUUGUUUUGAACCUAUUUAACAUGUACACAUGCUACAUACAUCAUAAAUAGUAAAAAUAGUCCCGAUUUACACCUAUUAACAAUGUCGCAUUUUUUUAUGGGCCAUACUGUAUAAGGAAACUAAUUUUGCAAAAUGGCUUAUUUGUACAUAAGAAACCGGUGGACUAUGUUUCAUAAACAUAUAAAUCAAAAAAGACUCAAGAGCAAUUCCAGCCCAAAACAGGAUUUUUUUAGAUACUUAUUUCUCGACCCUCUCCGAUUUCAAUGAAACUUUGUAGACAUGUUAUCCUACGCUUAUAUAGCCAAUUUGUGUACAUGGAGCCAGUUACACUCAAUAAUGACAUUUGAGAAGGGCGUAAGUGUUUUUGUAUUUCGUAAUUUAAAUAUUGCUGUAUCUCGAAGCCGUUGCAUCGUAUCAAAAAGGGGUCAAAGACAAACUUGUAGGAAAUUUGACGGGCUUUCCGAAAAAAUACACUGAAAGAAAAAAUCACUCAUUUUUUAUGAGAUUUUUUGAUUUUUAAAUUUAAAAGUCAAAUUUGAGGGUGAGCCCACGAUUUUUUUUCGUUCAAAAUUUUUGUGAAAAUAGCCUAAGAUAUUACAAAAAGGCUCACGAAAAAUGCAGGAUGGAGCAACUCACCUAAAAAAAUACAAAAAUAAUUUACUGAAAUUGUUUUUUUUUCAAAAAUUCUCUAAACAUCAAAAUUUUCAAAAUCCGAACACGAGAGUCGAUUUUUUAGACAAUUUUACAUAAAAGUCUCCAUAUUGACCAUUGUCCUAAGUCCAAUCCUUGUGAAGUUACAUCGGUUUUAAAAAUAAAAAUGUUGAAAAAGAAGGUUUUUCGAUGGUUUUUCGUAAUUUCUAUAAGACAGACUUGAUUUUUGAGUCUCGAAAAUGUUUUUACCAGAAAGCUCGUCCAAUUUCCCAUAAGUUUGCCUUUGACCACAUUUCAAUUGGAUGUAUGGGCUUACAGAUAUAAACUAAUUUACUAUCCAGGUUACUAUACUACACUCAAAAAAUAUUAUGUUUUCAGUUAUGAGCAAUAUAAUUAGCUUAUAUCUGUAAGCCCAUACAUCAAAUUGAAAUGUGGUCUAAGGUAAACUUAUGGGAAAUUGGACGAGCAUUCCGGUAAAAAUAUCUUUGGGACUGAAAAAUCAUGUCUGUCAUAUAAAAAUUACGAAAACCAUCAAAAAACCUAUUUUUUCAACAUUUUGUUUUUUAAAACCGCUAUAACUUCACAAGGAUUGGACUUAGGACAAUGGUCAAUAUGGAGACUUUUAUGUAAAAUUGUCUAGAAAAUCGACUCUCGUGUUCGGAUUUUCAAAAUUUUGAUGUUUAGAGCACUUAAAAAAAACAGUUUCAGUAAAUUAUUUUUUGUAUUUUUAAAGUGAGUUGCUCCAUCCUGCAUUUUUCGUGAGUCUUUUCGUAACAUCUUAGGCUAUUUUCACAAAAAUUUUGAACGAAAAAAAAUCGUGGGCUCACCCUCAAAUUUGACUUUUAAACUUAAAAAUCAACAAAAAAUCUCUCAAAAGUGGAGUGUUUUUUCUUUCAGUGUAUUUUUUUUCGGAAAGCCCGUCAAUUUUCCUACCAGUUUGUCUUUGACCACUUUUUGGUACGAUGCAACGGCUUCGAGAUACAGCAAUAUUCAAAUUACGGAAUACAAACAUAUUUGAAACACUUACGCCCUUCUCAAAUGUCACUAUCGAGUGUAACUGGGCCCAUAUACACAAAAAUGGCUUAUAUAUACCUAGGAUAACAUGUCUACAAAGUUUCAUUGAAAUCGGAGAGGGUCGGGUACAACCGAUUCCCUAUUUGACAUGGAAUUGCUCUCAAAUUAAAUAUACCAAUAAAAAUACCAACAAAAUCGAACCAACGAAGUUUUUUUUUGCUGAUUCGGCUAUCGGUUUCCUUUCUGUGUAAUCAGUUUAAUGUGAUUGUUUGCAAUAAAUUUAUAUAGAGAAAGUUUUUAUUUUGUUCAAAAAAGUUCAAAGUUGACCCUAAAUUUAAGCUGUACGAUACAAAAAUCCAUGUUGAUGGUAGUAUAACUUCAAGUCUUAUAUUUUUACAAAGCAACUGAGUGUACAAGCAAGGACUCCCCCAGGCUGCGCGGGUGGAAGUGUACUCUUUCAACGCGCAAUGACCCUUCAGAAUCGAGCGCCACAAAACAUCUGGGCUGCUCAUCUCUCUUGCUAUACCCGGGAAAAUGCAUAAAACUGCGGCCAAGUUCAGGAUGCCUGCCCCGUAGACAAACCGUGUAAUAAAUUAGAAACGAUGCGCGCGAGGCAAACCCUUUUACGGGUGUGGCAGGUCAUAAAAUUAAGCUAUAAAGUGUGCGACGACUGUGC